AUGGCAUCAAAGCUCACUCCAAAAGUCAAAAAAGAAACGAAGAAACUCAAAUUGAAAAAAAACGACAAAACCGAUACAGUCGUCCACGAAAAAGAUUGGUUUAUGCGAUUCGAUGCACCGUUGAAAAUCAUCUUGACUGCUAGGUUUUUUGCCGCGUUUCUCGUUCACAUUUCAGACUGCGAUGAAACAUUUAACUACUGGGAACCGACUCAUUAUUUUGUUUUCAACAGCGGUUUUCAAACCUGGGAAUACGCGCCUCCUUAUGCACUUCGGUCAUAUUUAUACAUACUUAUUCAUGCAGUACCGGUGUACCUUUACAAAGCACUGUUUAACACUAGAAAAAUCAUGUUGUUUUACCUAAUACGCUGUGUGCUUGCACUAUUGAGUUCUCUUUGUGAACUAUACUUUUACAAAGCUAUAUCAAAUAAAAUUUCAUCCACCGUAAGCAAUUAUUACUUGUUUAUAACAGUUUUUAGUCCUGGAAUGUUCAUUGCAUCUACUGCAUAUUUGCCUUCAAGUUUUUCUAUGUACAUGACUUUCUUAAUUAUUGGAGCUUGGUUAAACAAAAAUUAUGAAUUGGCAAUUUUUACAACUGCAUUGUCAACAUUUUUAAGUUGGCCAUUUUCAUGUCUAAUCGGGUUACCACUUGCAUGUGAUAUCACUUUCAGAAACAAAAAGUAUUUGCUAUUUAUUAAAUGGUGUUUGAUAUCAUUAGGGUCAAUUUUAGGUUAUCAAGUUGCUACAGAUUCAUAUUUUUAUGGCAAGCUUGUAAUUGCCCCUUUUAAUAUUGUUUAUUACAAUAUAUUCACGAGUCAUGGUCCUGAUUUAUAUGGUACUGAACAUUGGAGUUUUUAUUUACUAAAUGGUAUCCUUAAUUUCAAUGUUGUAUUUAUACUUUCGCUGAUGGCUCCUAUUGCUAUUGUAUUGAAAAAGGUUCUUACAAAAAUCGGGAUCAGAUUUUCUAAACAAAGCAAUAUUAAUAACAAAUCAACAUGGAUAUUAUAUUUAUCACCGUUGUAUUUAUGGAUUUUUGUUUUUAUAAUACAACCACAUAAGGAAGAAAGAUUUUUAUUUCCUGUUUAUCCAUUGAUACAACUGGCGUCAUCUAUAUUAUUAGAAUAUAUUAAGGAUAUGAAUUUUCAUUCAAGUGUUAUUCACCGUUUUACUUUUCUUAAGCUGUAUAACAAAUUGAUUGAUAAUGUUUACAUACCUUUUCUCUUCGUAUUUUUAUUAAUGGGAUUGUCGCGAAGCACUCUAUUAGUUAAAGCAUAUCAUGCACCUAUUGAUACUUACACACAGUUGAGUAAUGAUUAUCUUACAUUGCCUGAAUCAGAUGUAAUAAAUGUUUGUGUUGGCAAAGAAUGGCAUAGAUAUCCUUCAUCAUUUUUUUUACCAAAUGAUAGAUGGAAAAUGCAUUUUAUUAGAUCAGAAUUCAGAGGACUUUUACCUGGCCGUUUUAGUCCGGAAUCUUUGUACAAUGUUGUAGAAAACUAUAAUGAUCAAAAUAAAGAAGAGUUAGAUAAAUAUAGUGAUAUUAGACUGUGCCAUUUCUUAGUAGACCUGAACACUAAUCGAAGUUCAGAAUUGGAACCUAAUUAUUCUGAAAAUAAUUUUCAAUGGACUAUUUGGAAAUCUAUACCAUUUCUAGAUGCCCAAAAGACACCACUUUUAUACAGAACAUUUUACUUUCCAUUUUUCUGGGAAGAAAAUGUUAAGUUUUCAUCUUACAAUCUCCUUAUGCGAAAUGAUUUUAAUAAAAUUAAUACUAAACCGCACACAGAACCAAUGCACUAUGUGUUUUAG